UUAUGUCUGCUAGAGUUUGAAUUCUGUUUCUCAUAACUAAUGUACAUCCCACUUCAAUUGCAUGAUGAAGUAGUUUAUACAAUACAACUAACCAAGUUAAGAUAGGGCUUCACGUUAAUGUUAGAAAUCCAAACAAUUAAAUACCCAACUCUUCUAAACCAAUAUAAAUAGGGUUUCCACCUUAGUCAUGCAUAAAUCUCUCUCAAAAGCCUUUCUUCUAAUUUUCUCAUAGAAACCCAUUAAAUAUUUGAAAAAAAAAAAAAGAUCCCAAGAAUUCAGAAAAAAUGGCAAAAACCCUUUUGACUUUGUUUGCUUUGGCUCUAAUUUUAGGCCAAACAAAUGCAGUUAUGCAAUGUGGUACUGAUGUUAUCCCAAAAGUAAUUACUUGUGGAGGAUUUGUGCUAGGUAUGGCUGCAACACCUAGCCAAGAUUGUUGUGUUGGAUUGCAAAGUUUGGCUAAAGUGGCUGCUGCCUCACAACCUGAAAGCAAAGAUAUUUGUAUGUGCUUCAAAGCUGCCAUGAAAGCUGCCCCAGUGGAUUAUUCAAAAACUAAACAACUUCCUGAGCUUUGCAACUUCACUAGCCCUAUACCAAUUGAACCCAAUCUUGAUUGCUCCAAGUUAGCAGUUUUUACAUUUUAAUUUAGCCUGACUAUUAUUGAACUUAAUUGUUCGCACAAGAUGCAUAGGUGUGCCCUAGGUGUUAAAAGGUGGAUUCAAAAUUUGAUGUUAUGGGUUCCUGCACAAGCCCAAGUUAAUACUAAAAUAAUACUCCCUCCGUUCAAAUUUAAAUGUUAAUUACUUUCCUUUUAGGUUUGUCUCAAUAAAAACGUGUCUUUCU